GAACCCAACCCGUCGGGGCCGCCGCUCCGGACCCGCCAGCCGUCGCCGCGCGCCGCCCGCCGCCGCCGCCUCCUCCCCCCCGGAUCGGGUGUACUGUCCCAACCCGAAAGUCCAGUUCUGCGGCCCGGCAGCGGCGAGCGAGCGAGCGAGCGAGCGCGAUGACACAGGAGUACGACAACAAACGGCCAGUGUUAGUCCUUCAGAAUGAAGCACUUUACCCUCAGCGGCGCUCCUACACUAGCGAGGAUGAAGCCUGGAAGUCUUUCCUGGAGAACCCGCUCACCGCGGCCACCAAAGCGAUGAUGAGCAUCAAUGGGGACGAGGACAGCGCGGCUGCGCUCGGGCUGCUCUACGACUACUACAAGGUCCCGAGAGAGAGACGGCCGUCCACGGCAAAGCCCGAGGUGGAGCGCCCAGAGCCAGAGCACAGCAAAAGAAACAGCAUCCCAAAUGUGACUGAGCAACCCCUCAUUGCUGCUGGGGAAAACAGGGUGCAGGUGCUGAAGAACGUGCCCUUUAACAUCGUCCUGCCCCACGGCAACCAACUGGGCCUCGAGAAGAGAGGCCAUCUGACAGCUCCGGAUACCACCGUCACCGUCUCCAUAGCAACCAUGCCUACACACUCCAUCAAGACGGAAAUCCAGCCCCACGGCUUUGCUGUGGGAAUCCCCCCCGCGGGGUAUCACCCCGAGCCCACGGAGCGCGUGGUGGUGUUCGACCGGAACCUGACCACGGACCAGUUCAGCUCGGGCACUCAGCCUCCCAACGCUCAGCGGCGGACUCCAGACUCCACCUUCUCCGAGCCCUUCAAGGAGGGCGUUCAGGAGGUUUUCUUCCCCUCGGACCUCAGUCUCCGGAUGCCGGGCAUGAAUUCAGAGGACUAUGUGUUUGACAGUGUUUCUGGGAACAAUUUUGAGUAUACCCUGGAAGCGUCCAAGUCGCUGCGGCAGAAGCCGGGAGACAGCACGAUGACGUACCUCAACAAAGGCCAGUUCUACCCCGUCACCUUAAAGGAGGUGAGCAGCAACGAAGGCAUCCACCACCCCAUCAGCAAAGUUCGAAGCGUGAUCAUGGUGGUUUUUGCUGAAGACAAGAGCAGAGAGGAUCAGCUGCGGCACUGGAAGUACUGGCACUCGCGGCAGCACACGGCCAAACAAAGGUGCAUUGACAUAGCUGACUAUAAAGAAAGCUUCAACACCAUCAGUAACAUCGAGGAGAUUGCUUACAAUGCCAUUUCCUUCACCUGGGACAUUAACGAUGAAGCAAAGGUGUUCAUCUCUGUGAACUGCCUGAGCACAGAUUUCUCCUCUCAGAAGGGCGUGAAGGGCUUGCCUCUCAACAUCCAGAUCGACACCUACAGUUACAACAACCGUAGCAAUAAGCCAGUGCACCGGGCCUACUGCCAGAUCAAAGUCUUCUGUGACAAGGGAGCAGAACGGAAAAUCAGGGAUGAAGAACGAAAGCAAAGUAAAAGAAAAGGCAAGUGUCCUGACCCAAGCUCCCGGGUGAAUGCCUUUUCUGAUGUCAAAGUGCCCCUGCUUCCCUCGCACAAACGAAUGGACAUCACGGUGUUCAAGCCCUUCCUUGAUCUCGACACACAGCCUGUGCUCUUCAUUCCUGACGUGCACUUUGCCAGCCUGCAGCGGGGCACCCACGUUCUUUCUAUUGCCUCAGAAGAAUUGGAGGGUGAAGGGUCUGCCUUGAAAAGAGGCCCGUACGGAGCAGAGGAUGACUUCGCGGUCCCCCCUCCGGUGAAGCUGGGCCGGACAGAAGAACCAAAGAGAGUGUUGCUGUACGUGCGAAAGGAGUCGGAAGAAGUCUUUGAUGCCCUGAUGCUCAAGACCCCAUCCCUGAAGGGCCUGAUGGAGGCUAUCUCAGACAAAUACGAUGUGCCCCAUGACAAGAUUGGGAAAAUAUUCAAGAAGUGCAAAAAAGGGAUCCUGGUGAACAUGGAUGACAACAUUGUGAAGCAUUACUCCAAUGAAGACACCUUCCAGCUGCAGAUCGAGGAGGCGGCGGGCUCGUACAAGCUCACGCUCACGGAGAUCUGAGGCCUGCGCCUGCGCAGCCCCGCGGGGGGCUAUGGGGUCCCCUGGACCCGGCAGUGCACUGGGCCAGCAGAGGCCCCC